GUCCUAUUGGAUGUUUGUUUGGGUCGAAGGGUAAGGGAUUUGCGACGUGAAAUCGAGUUCCGGGUGUGUGCACGUGGUACGACUCGGCAUGGCGCCUGAACCUUGGAACCGGCUGCACAUCCCUCGCCCAGCAAUUCAGUCUUUGGUGACUGUGCCCGUGGGAAAUGACACAGAAAAUCACAUUAAGGAAGUUAUUAAAAGAUCUAUUGCUGUCCAAACAUCAUUGAGGAGUUGUGCCCUGAAGACGGAGAUAGCUACCUUGCAUUCGCUAUUGUAUAUAUAUCACCACAGACUGUGCCUUCAUAAACCAUACUUGGCCUUAAAACAGGUUGGUCAGUGCAUAAAGCGUUUAGAAACUAUGGGCUUAGAGCGUUCAAUCGAGGAGAUGAUAGAGCUGUGUCCAAAGUAUAUUGGGAAGAAUGGAUCGCAGAUGACACAGAGUUGCUUGGUGCCCAGUCAACCCAUUAUUGAGGUAGUGUCUGUGAAGAUCUUGGGUGCCUGCAAGUUACUACUGCGACUCAUGGACUGCUGCUGUAAGGCCUUCCAUUUAUCUCUACAGCAUCUUUACCUUGAGGAAUUUAUGGUUCUAAAUGUAGUACUUGUUGGAUUGCUGAGCCGGUUGUGGGUUAUUUAUAUGGGCAUCCUAAAAAACUUAAUCUUUUUAUAUGAUGCACAGUUUCCACUGCAACAAGAGAUAUCCAAUUUUCAGAACAUGCCCUACAUAAAAGACUUUACCUUCCCUGCCAAGAUGGAAGAUUAUCUUGGACCCUUGUAUAGCAAAGUAUCCAAGAGAAAACUGCCCAAAUUAUUUUCCAAGAAAAAGCUGCCAAAAAUGUUAAAUCCGAUGUUUCAGUCUCACGAGUCUGAGGCAAACGCAAGCGAGCUGAUGGAACCAGCGAUAGUGGAAAUGCCUGAAACAAGAAAAAGUGUUACUGAUCUGGGGAGACCAGUAAAAUCUCGUACAUUUAAUGCAGAAAAGGUAGGAACAUUUGAUGUCAAAACGUUGCUUCAACCUCUGAAAUACAACAUAUCACAAGUAUCCCUUUCCAAACCUGGCGAUGAAGUGCUGGAUGUGCUGCCACACCGUAGACACAAAGCCAGGUGUUUAAAACCUCUUGUGCCUAAAGUUCAAAAAGCAGAGUGUUUCCAGGACCUGUGUGAGCAGCUUCAACUUGCAGCAACAUGGUGCAAAAGGAGACGUCUAACAGCAGCGGCCAUGUUCUUCAGAAAUAAAUAUCUGAAAAGCAAAAGACUGAAGCAUAUAGAAGCCCAAGGGUACAGCUUACAAAAUAAACUACAUCAUAUGAAAAAGUCCAUCUGUCACCGCUUGCAGCAAGGGACUCUAAAAGCAAAUCAUCGCUGCCCUCGUUUGAAAACUCAGCGCUUUCAAAACGCUUGGAAACCAAAGGUCACUCGCUCAAGGAGCUGCAAAUCUGCGAACUCUCGGAGAGGUCACAUUAUUUAUUCACAGCCCAAAACUGAAAGGACUUAUUUGGAAAAGCCUGUGUUGUGUUUAGAUCUGGGUCAUGGUGAUCAGGGGAUGUCAUCAGCAGUCACAAAUGUUGGCUUAACACCUUGUGUGCCAGAUGCCAGCAAUCAAAGUGCAGAUGGAAAAAUGAAAGACUGCAACCACAUGGAUGAUAUAGAUGAUAUAUUUUCAUCUAUUGGAGUCUAAUGCAGUAUUUGUUUAUAUCAUGCAACAAUAUUUUUUCUGUUUAAAUACAUAUUGUUCAAUACUAGAUUUUACCAUGAUGCGUUUUUUUUUGUUUAGUAAGGUUUAUCAUCAUUUUGGUUUGAAAUUCAGAUACAAGUGUUUAAAAAUAAACUCCUAAAUUUUAA